CAGCAGUGCCCAGGGGAAGUUUCUCCAGCAUGGACCCAACCACCAUGAUGCAGACUUCCACUGAAAUGCCCCAAGGCUCAUUUAAUGGAAGUGGGACUGAGACAAAUAUUAGUGAAUCUCUCUUCACUAGUUUGGGUAAUUGUGAAAACAGGGCAUUUGUUGUUACAGUUAACUCCAUCAUGUUGACCAUCAGCUUUUGUGGGCUGGUGGCAAAUGCACUGGUACUCUGGCUCCUGGGCUUCUGCAUCAAGAGGAACCCUUUCUCUGUCUACAUCCUUAACCUAGCCGGGGCUGACUUCUUCUACCUGUGUUGUCAGAUUGUGCGCUCCAUCAUGCUUAUUUGUCAGGACUUUUGGGACAUAGUACCAAGAUUUAUUGUCACUCUCACAAUUUUCUUUUACACCUUGGGCCUGAACCUGCUGGCUGCGAUCAGCACUGAGCGCUGUCUAUCUGUGCUCUUCCCCAUCUGGUACCGAUGCCACCGCCCCAAGCACAUGUCUGCCACCGUGUGCUCCCUUCUCUGGACACUCUACCUUCUGGGGAAUCUACUAGAAGGUGAAGCCUGUGGUUUACUUGAUCUCAUUCCCUACAGGGUAAUGUCACGUCUGGCAUGGGACUUCUCUUUUGUGACAUUGAUCGUCUUUCUGGUUUGCCUGCUGUGUGUGUCCAGCUUGACUCUAGUUCUUAAGUUCCAGUGCCAUGCCCAGAACAGGGGACCCUCCAAACUCUACCUUCUCAUCAUGUUCACAAUCCUUAUGUUCUUGCUCUGUGGCCUUCCUUUUGGAAUUGACUGGUUUCUCUUGUAUUGGCUGAUAGAUACAAGGUGUAUCUUUUUUGUCUUUCAGCUUCUAUCCUGUGUGAAUAGCAGCACAAACCCCCUUAUUUACUUCUUCCUAGGUAGCUUCAGACAGAAGAGAAGGAGGGAGCCCCUCAGAGUGGUACUCCAGAGGGCCCUGAAAGAUGAGGCAGAGACAGGAGCAGACAAUGAGAUCUCCCUCACAUAAAUUAUGGAAAUGUCAGGCUGAGCACUCCCCAGAGGGCACAGUUGGUGGAGAAAGGGGAAGGGAGGAUUCCUCUGGGAAGGAUGGGGAACCUGUGGCCUUUAACU